GCGGUGCCGACGAACGCUCAAAAUCUGGCAGCACUGCAAAGGUCGCGAUUGCGGAGUAGAGUAAAUUAAUUAGAAAUUAAAAAUCGUCGCCCGUGCUAGCAAGCAGUGCAUUUAGAGGCUCCCAGCCAACAACACAGCCAAAAAAUCUGGCCCAAACGGCAACUGCAGCACCCCCGCGCGACCAUAAACAGCAAUCAGACACGCAUUUCUAUUGAUUUUGGUUGCAUUUGUGCAUUAAAUAUUAAACAAAAGCGAGAGGAGGUGGGUGCGUGGCAGCCUGGCGAAUUGUUGCUCCUGUUUUUCCCCCACUCAGUGCCAAGUGAUCUCGUCACCAUGGAGCCCAGCAGCGUCGACGCGUUCAGGUGGAAGUAGUAGUGAAGUAGUUGCAGCCGAGCAGCAGCUGUCUGUCUUUCUGCGGGAGGAGAAGAAACACACAAAAAGCUAACGAAAUUUGUUGUUCCCAUCCCCUCAUUGGUGGUGUUGUUGGGGUGCGGUGUGUGUGUGUGUGUGGUGACAGUGUGCCAGUGUAUGUGCGUGUAAACAAAUAAACAGUUCACUGGUGGAAAAGAUAGUAGAGCGCAGCAAGCAGCAACAAUGGCCAACAGUCGGAGUCGCGCCAUACUAAAUGUUAAUCUCGAUACGGUCAUGGCCAACGAUCCGUUGCGUGAGCUUUUCGAGGCCUGCAAGACGGGGGAAAUAGCCAAAGUGAAGAAGCUGAUAACGCCACAGACCGUAAACGCCCGGGACACGGCGGGACGCAAAUCCACGCCAUUGCAUUUUGCAGCGGGCUAUGGACGCCGCGAGGUCGUUGAGUUUCUGCUGAACAGCGGCGCCUCCAUCCAGGCCUGUGACGAGGGCGGCCUGCAUCCGCUGCACAAUUGCUGCUCCUUUGGCCACGCGGAGGUGGUGCGUCUGCUGCUGAAGGCGGGCGCCAGUCCGAACACCACCGACAACUGGAACUACACGCCGCUGCAUGAGGCGGCCAGCAAGGGGAAGGUGGACGUGUGCCUGGCCCUGCUGCAGCACGGAGCGAAUCACACGAUACGCAAUUCGGAGCAGAAGACACCCCUGGAGCUGGCGGACGAUGCCACGCGGCCGGUCCUAACCGGAGAGUAUCGCAAGGACGAGCUCCUAGAGGCUGCCCGAUCGGGUGCCGAGGACCGAUUGCUGGCGCUGCUCACGCCGCUGAAUGUCAACUGUCAUGCCAGCGAUGGACGCCGCUCGACGCCCCUGCAUCUGGCGGCGGGCUACAAUCGCAUUGGAAUUGUGGAAAUCCUUCUGGCCAACGGCGCAGAUGUGCAUGCGAAGGACAAGGGUGGACUGGUGCCGCUGCACAAUGCCUGCUCCUACGGACAUUUCGAUGUGACCAAGCUGCUCAUCCAGGCGGGGGCCAAUGUGAAUGCCAAUGAUCUGUGGGCCUUCACGCCGCUGCAUGAGGCAGCCUCCAAGAGCCGUGUGGAGGUGUGCAGCCUCCUGCUGAGCCGCGGCGCUGAUCCCACGCUACUCAACUGCCACAGCAAGUCGGCCAUGGAUGCGGCACCAACGCGAGAGCUGCGUGAAAGGAUUGCCUUUGAAUACAAGGGCCACUGUCUGUUGGAUGCCUGCCGCAAAUGCGAUGUGUCGCGUGCCAAAAAGCUCGUUUGCGCCGAAAUCGUCAACUUUGUGCAUCCGUAUACGGGUGAUACGCCGCUCCAUCUGGCCGUGGUCUGCCUGGAUGGAAAGCGAAAGCAGCUAAUGGAGCUGCUGGCGCGCAAGGGAGCCCUGCUCAACGAGAAGAACAAGGCAUUCCUCACGCCACUGCAUAUGGCCUCGGAGCUGCUGCACUACGAUGCCAUGGAAACGCUGCUCAAGCAGGGGGCCAAGGUGAACGCACUGGACAGUCUCGGUCAGACGCCGCUGCAUCGUUGCGCCCGGGACGAGCAGGCUGUCCGACUGCUCUUGUCCUAUGCGGUGGACACGAACAUUGUUUCGCUGGAGGGACUAACUGCCGCCCAGCUGGCCUCGGACAGCGUGCUGAAGCUGCUCCAGAAUCCACCGGACAGCGAGACGCAUCUGCUGGAUGCUGCCAAGGCCGGGGAUCUGGAUACUGUGCGCCGGAUUGUACUGAAUAAUCCGCACACCGUCAAUUGCCGUGAUCUAGACGGCAGGCAUUCGACUCCUCUGCACUUUGCUGCAGGCUUCAACCGCGUGCCUGUCGUACAGUUUCUGCUGGAACACGGGGCCGAGGUGUAUGCCGCGGAUAAGGGCGGGCUGGUGCCCCUCCACAAUGCCUGCUCCUAUGGCCAUUACGAAGUCACCGAGCUGCUGGUCAAGCACGGGGCGAAUGUGAAUGUCUCCGAUCUGUGGAAGUUUACGCCGCUCCACGAGGCCGCCGCCAAAGGGAAGUACGACAUUUGCAAGCUGCUGCUAAAGCACGGCGCAGAUCCCAUGAAAAAGAACCGUGACGGCGCCACCCCCGCGGAUCUUGUGAAGGAAUCCGAUCACGACGUGGCCGAACUGCUGCGCGGCCCAUCCGCUCUGCUGGAUGCCGCCAAAAAGGGAAAUCUGGCACGUGUCCAGCGACUGGUCACAGCCGAGACGAUCAACUGUCGCGAUGCCCAGGGCAGGAACUCGACGCCACUGCAUCUCGCCGCUGGCUACAAUAAUUUCGAGUGCGCCGAGUAUCUGCUGGAGAAUGGGGCCGAUGUGAAUGCCCAGGACAAGGGGGGACUGAUACCCCUGCACAAUGCCAGCUCCUACGGACAUCUGGACAUUGCUGCCUUGCUGAUCAAGCACAAGACAGUGGUGAAUGCCACCGACAAGUGGGGCUUUACGCCGUUGCACGAGGCCGCCCAGAAGGGACGAACGCAGCUGUGCUCCCUGCUGCUGGCCCAUGGCGCCGAUGCCUAUAUGAAGAACCAGGAGGGACAAACCCCCAUAGAGCUGGCCACCGCCGAGGAUGUCAAGUGUCUGCUGCAGGAUGCCAUGGCUACGUCGCUUAGUCAGCAGGGACUCAGCGCUUCCACGCUAUCGCUGGCUGGGUGUUCCCCCUCGCCGGAGGCAGGAGGAUGUGCUGCUGCGGCUGCGGCUGCUUCACCAGCUGCUGUGGCAUCCACAGGCGCCUCCUCCUCGGGUAUGCUCUCACCAACGACAGAGACUGUUUUGCUGCCAACAGGUGCCUCAAUGACCCUCAGUGUGCCUGUGCCCCUGCCGCUGGCCAGUUGUACGCGCAUCAGUCCCGCCCAGGGCGCCGAAGCCAAUGGCGCUGAGUCCUCCGCCACGGAGGAUCUAAUACCAGACGCAGAGUCGAUUACGAAUGUCUCGGGUUUCUUGAGCAGCCAGCAGUUGAAUCAUUUGAUCGAGCUGUUUGAACGCGAACAAAUCACGCUAGACAUACUGGCGGAGAUGGGACACGAUGAUCUCAAGCAGGUGGGGGUGUCCGCCUAUGGAUUCCGGCAUAAGAUACUCAAGGGGAUUGCCCAGCUAAGAGCCACCACAGGCAUUGGAAACAAUGUGAAUCUGUGCACAUUGCUGGUGGAUUUACUGCCGGACGACAAGGAGUUUGUGGCCGUCGAGGAGGAGAUGCAAGCCACAAUACGCGAGCAUCGGGACAAUGGCCAGUCGGGCGGAUACUUUACGCGGUACAACAUUAUAAGGGUGCAAAAGGUCCAGAAUCGCAAGCUGUGGGAGCGCUAUGCCCAUCGACGACAUGAGAUUGCCGAGGAGAACUUUGUGCAGUCCAACGAGCGCAUGCUCUUCCACGGCAGCCCCUUCAUCAAUGCAAUUGUCCAGCGGGGUUUUGAUGAGCGUCAUGCGUAUAUUGGUGGUAUGUUUGGUGCGGGUAUUUAUUUUGCAGAGCAUAGCUCGAAGAGUAAUCAGUAUGUGUAUGGCAUUGGCGGUGGCAUUGGUUGUCCCUCGCACAAGGACAAGUCCUGCUAUGUGUGUCCCAGACAAUUGCUGCUGUGUCGCGUGGCUUUGGGCAAGUCCUUUUUGCAAUAUAGUGCCAUGAAGAUGGCUCAUGCCCCACCAGGCCAUCAUUCGGUGGUGGGACGUCCCUCAGCAGGGGGCCUGCAUUACGCCGAAUAUGUGGUCUAUCGGGGUGAACAGUCUUAUCCAGAGUACUUGAUAACCUACCAAAUCGUCAAGCCCGAUGACAGCAAUAGUGGGACGGAAGAAACAAGAUGAUGGAUGCCCUCUGUUGGCUCCACGCCUACAACAACGUCACCAGCAUUGCAGCAACAGCAGCCACCACAGCUGCCAAUGCCACCGAUGGCAGCAGCACCACCACCUCCUGCACCACCACAACCACAACAACAGCAGACCUCAGCUCCAGUUGCCAAGAGACGGCCCAGGCAUGCCAAGCAGACCCUUCAAUUGCAAUACCAGCACUACCAGCCCCAACAGCAGAAGCAGCAACACUCCUCGAUGGGAGUGACCACCACCCAGCCGGCGCCCGCUGGCGUAUUUACGCACAACACUAGCAACAAUAAUAAUGCUAGCAAUACAAACAGCAGCAACAGCAACAACAAUAACAAUGAUAUGUCGCCCAUCUCGAACAGCAACAGUUACUCCUCGGUGGACACCAAUCAGACGCUGCUCAAUUCGUUGGCCAACCAGCAGCGUGGCAAUCGUCAGAGGCAACAGCAGCAGCAGCCACAGCGCAGCCCAAAAUAUAGUCAAUUUAUGAUCAUCACACCCGCCGUCUCCAUUGAUCGCGACUUUGAGUACGAAUCGCAUUUGGAUUAUGAGGAUUUCGCCAAUGCCGCCCACAACAAUGGGAAUCUGUUUCGUUUGGGCCUGCGGCGUAGCGACAGCAGCAAUAGCGAAGACAGCGGCCACAGCAGCGACAGCAGCAGCUUUCGCUCCAACUACAAUCAGUACUUGCAUCACAGUCGCCAGCAUUUGCUGUCCAAGGGGAAUGGCACCGGCAACGGCGGUGGUGGCCAUCACUUCUAUACGUUCUCCUCGUCCUGGCGCUGGUGCAGCCUACUGUGCGCGGCCAUGCGUUGCUUUGGGGCUGGCGGUGGUGGUGCAGGGAACGGGAAUGCUCCGUAUAGCAGUUCCUUGCAGCACCAUCGUCUGAGGCGCUGCUCGUCGUACAAUGCGGAGAAUGCCUACGAGCAUUUUGCGGCACCGUUCAAGCCGCGCAAGACGCGCGACCAUAUGAACAACAUUACGUACGAGUUGUGACGGUGGUCCACCGUUGACGUUGUGGUUAAUGAUCUCUUUGUCUUUGUUGGUCUACUCCUAACUCUACUGCUCUUUAGACUUUUAUUACAAUUACUAGCUGUAGCCCAUAGAUGUCGUCGUCUACUGUACUGUGUGUCGUCUCUCUCGUCUCUUCUUGUUGUUUAUUCAAAUAUUCUAUUAUAAUAUUAUAAAAUAAGGAGAGCCGAUCGGUUGGAAUAUUUAAAAUUGGAGCCACAGUUUUCGAUGGUGAUUUUAAUUCGAAUUACAAAGCAAAAACGUAACGAUAAUACGAUGAAUAAAGCCCUAAACCCUAAACCCCCCCCUCUUGACGGUGAUUGCAUUACAUUACAGUAAAAUUACAAUUAAAUUGCGCUCGAGCGUUUAUUUAAGUGUUUAAGCUUAGUUAAUUUAAACAAGAUUAAAACUCCAAUUAAAUUUAAAUAUACAAAAUA